GCGUAUUAGCUCAAGAUGCCGACGAAUAAGCCCUCAGCAUCCCAAUUUCCCAAAAGAUUGCAAGGAAAAGUGGCCGUAGUCACCGGCGGUGCUAGCGGGAUCGGUGAAAGCACGGUGAGGCUUUUCACCAAACACGGCGCCAAAGUGGUGAUCGCCGACAUCCAAGAUGAACGAGGAACUUCCCUUUGUCAGGAACUACUUUCUGAAUCGGGAAACGUCGUCAUCUAUGUCCAUUGUGAUGUUACUCUUGAUUCCGAUAUCCAGAAUGUCGUCGACACCGCAGUUUCCAAAUACGGAAAGCUGGACAUCAUGUUCAACAAUGCAGGUAUCYCCGGCGACACGAAUAACACGAUACUAGGCUCUGAUAUCCAAAAUUUCAAACGGGUUUUCGAUGUGAACGUGUUGGGCAUCUUUUUGGGAGCCAAACACGCAGCUCGAGUCAUGAUUCCGGCGAAAAGUGGGGUGAUCCUGUUCACUUCAAGUGCAGCUUCGGUGGUUGCCGGCGUGACGCCACAUGCCUACGCGAUGUCGAAGCAUGCGGUGGUGGGGUUGACGAAGAGUUUGUGUGUGGAAUUAGGACAAUAUGGGAUACGGGUGAACUGCAUCUCACCUUACUUCGUUGCUACGCCGAUGCUGGUUGGUGCGAUGGGAAUGGACAAGGAGGUGGUGGAGGAAAUGGUCUGUGCAUCGGCCACCUUGAAAGGUUUGAUGCCAACGGCGGAGGAUGUGGCGGAGGCGGCGUUGUAUUUGGGUAGCGAGGAGGGUAAGUAUGUGAGUGGGUUGAACCUGGUGGUGGAUGGUGGUUAUAGCACCACCAAUCCGGCCUUUACGACGGAGGCCAAAAAAUUUAUGUCUUAAGAAGCAAAACCUUUUACUCUGUUACGUAUGUUGUACUUGUAUUUCUCAUCAUGAAAUUUGGGUUUCUUCUGUUUAUGUUUUUUUUAUUACGAGCAAUUUCAAGGAGUAUCGUUGUUAAUU